UGGUAACGUUUUUCUGCUGAAGCACCAGCAAUGGUUUCCUAAGCCCGGAAGGGUCAAGCGGUCGACGCUCUGGCAGAUCGCUCUGCCCAGGCAGCGUGGCUCCGGCGGGAGCGGCUGCAGGCAGCGUUUCCCCGCAAGAUGGCAGGGCUGCCCCGCCACGGCGUUCCUCCUCCGCCGGGUGGGCAGCCGCUCGUCGCCAAACGCCGCCGUGCCCCUGCAGAAGGGGAAGCCGGCAGCACACGGGCCCGGUCCUGGAACCCCAAGGGUGCUGAGGCGACCCCGCCUUUUACUCCAGUCCUCUCCCGCCUCUCCCUGACUGGAGCCUCCAGGCGCGCCUGUCCCGCCAGCCCUGAGGACGCCCGCCCGCGGUGAGGGCCGCCCGCCGAAGGCACUGCGCGGGAAACAGCCGCCACAGGAAAAAAUGACUUCUGAAAGCAGCUCCUUUAUGAAGGGUGUGGUACUUGGAGGAGUAUUCUGCAUGUUGGUUACACUCCUUGGACAUAUUAAAGUGGGCCACGGGACUAAAGCGCAUCACCACGAGCACCAUCACAUCCAGGCUCCCAACAAAGAAGAUGUCUUAAACCUUUCAGAAGGUGAACGGUUGGAGCUUAGUAAAAGUGUCCGUGUUUACUGCAUCAUCCUUGUGAAACCCAAAGAUCUGGGGCACUGGGCUGCAGUGAAAGAGACAUGGAGCAAGCACUGCGACAAGGCAGAAUUCUACAGCUCUGAAAACGUCAAAGUGUUUGAUUCUGUGGCUGUCAACACAAAUGAUAUAUGGGUGAUGAUGAGAAAAGCUUACCAGAUAACAUAUGAACGCUAUAAAGAUGAAUUCAGCUGGUUCUUCCUUGCAUAUCCAACAACAUUUGCUAUUAUUGAAAACCUCAAGUAUUUCUUACUGAAAAAAGACCCCUCACAGCCUUUUUAUAUAGGUCACACUGUGAAAUCUGGUGACCUCGAGUAUGUCGAUGCUAAGGGAGGAAUUGUGUUGAGCAUUGAGUCACUAAGAAGACUCUCCCGUGUUCUUGAAGACUCUGACAAGUGUCCAGAGCAGGGAAGUAUGAUUUGGAAACUUGAGGAGGAUAAACAGCUGGCAAUCUGCCUGAAGUACACUGGAGUGUUUGCAGAAAAUGCAGAAGACUCAGAAGGAAAAGAUGUCUUUAACACUCAAUCAGUCAGUGCUCUCAUUAAGGAAGCAAUGGCUACUCACCCUCAGCAGGUGGUCGACGGCUGCUGUUCUGACAUGGCCAUCACCUUCAGCGGCCUGGCCCCAAACCACAUGCACGUGAUGAUGUACGGUGUGUACAGACUGAGACCCUACGGCCACACGUACAACGAUGCACUUGUCUUCUUGCCACCUGCAGGCUCAGACAAUGACUGACAUCUCUUCACAGGAGACCUGGAAUGGAGUCAGCUCUUCUGGUGACACAUUUUGUACUGACAGAUUCAAUUUUUGUAUCUAGCAGUACUGGCAUACUUUUUUGGGAUUUUUUUGCACGUUUAGGUUUGUGGAAGGAGAACUUUUUUUCUAUAUCUUUUAUACAGAAAUGCUUCUGGGUUUUGACAGUGCUGGAAUGAAAUGAUCAAGUUGUUUAUGACACAAUGAAAUUAAGUUUAUAUGGGGGGUUUGUACAUGUAAAUAUUUAUUAAUGAAAACUCUAGCGACCUUUAGUCUACUGGUAUAUUUUUACAAGACUUGAUUCUUUCCCUUCUUCCAGACAUUUCUAGAAUGUCUUUAUAUCUUUCUAAGAUGUACCAAUAAAAAUGACCACAGCUUCAGACUCUGA